AUGACCAAAGUAAUGAUACAGUGCUUAGACCCUGAGAUUCUAAGUGACUCUGACAUAGAAAUAAUGGACAGUUCUGUUGAAUGGAAUCCUUCCAAUGGUUAUGUGACUGGGUACAUUUUGGACAGACUCAAAAUUGAUAAGCAUGACGAGGAAAAGCGAUUGAAGUAUGCAAGUGAAGAUUUAACUAACCUGAUUGUUCUUCUGGAUGAAAAGUUGUAUGCAUUUUUAGAGCAGCAUGGUACAGAAGACCAACUGCAAAAAUUGACAGAAAAGGAAAUGAUAUUUGAACAAAUGUCUAGAAAAAGUUAA